AUGCAAAAUUUCAGUGCUCUCACUGAUUUCAUCCUCCUUGGGCUGUCUGCUGAUGCCCAGAUCCAAAUUUUACUCUUUGUGCUGUUCCUUGUGAUUUACCUCCUGACCCUGGCGGGGAACUUCAUGAUGCUGUUGGUGAUAAUGGCUGAUGCUCACCUCCAUUCACCCAUGUACUUCUUCCUGGGUCACCUUUCUUUCCUGGAUCUUUGGUAUUCAUCAGUCUCUGUGCCUAAGAUGCUGGAAAACCUCAUGUCUAAGACAAAAACGAUCUCUGUGGAGGGUUGCCUGGCCCAGGCCUUCUUUGUGUUUGCCAACGGGGCCACUGAAGCCUGCCUGCUUGCAGUCAUGGCCUAUGACCGAUAUGCUGCCAUUUGCCACCCUCUGCUGUAUGGACAGAUAAUGAGCAAGCAGCUCUGUGAGGGGCUUGCAUGGGGGUCGUGGAGCCUGGCCUUCCUGAAUGCACUCAUUAAUAUCCUUAUAGCUGUGAAUUUGGACUUCUGUGAGUAUAGAACCAUCCACCACUAUAUGUGUGAGCUCCCUAUUCUUUUCCAUCUCUCCUGCUCUAAUGUCCAGACCAAUAUCAUUGUCAUGCUCUGUUCUUCUCUCAUAAUUGCCUUUGUGACCUUUCUCCUGAUUUUAUCCUCCUAUGGCUACAUUGUCUCCACCAUCCUGAGCAUCAGCUCCACCACAGGCAGAAGCAAGGCCUUCUCCACCUGCUCCUCUCAUCUCACUGUAGUGCUCUUGUAUUUUGGCUCAGCAUGCUUACGCUAUUCCAUACCAGCCUCAGGUUCUCCCUUGGAGUCAAUCUUUUCUUUGCAGUACAGCAUAAUUACUCCCAUGCUGAAUCCCCUCAUCUACAGCCUGAAAAACAAGGAGGUGAAGACAGCUAUAAGAAAAUUGUUUGGAAAAUAUUGCCAGCAUUGUAAGUAG